AUGAAAGGCAAAGAGUGGACUGUUCUGCUGUUGGCAAUUGCGUACGUCGCACCAAACAGGUGCAAAGUUUUAGACAAAGGAGUGCAACCAGGAUUCAAAAAUAUUCCAUUCCACAAAGAAAAUUCAAGUGCUAUAACAAUUGAGAAGAAAGUGACAUUAUCGGCUCCUAAAUUCAAGUUUCCUGAGAAAUUGUAUGAAAUGGACUAUAAGCCAACUGGAAACUCAGUAAGAAUUAAAUGCAUCGCGGAAGGGAACCCAACUCCAAAUAUAACUUGGUACAAAAAUAAAAAAACUCCGAUAAUAAGGUCUUUCGUUGAACCUUCCUAUGGCAAAUGGUCAUUACUUCUAGACGACCUCACCAAGGAGGAUAAUGGGGAAUACACUUGUGUAAUAUGUAACCAGCUAGGUUGCAUUGAUCAUACUACGCACCUGAAGAUUCAAGAACGCUAUCCUUCAAAGCCGUAUAUUAAAGAUGGCUAUCCCGGUAACAUCACGGCUCUCAUAAACGAAACUGUGACAAUUGCGUGUCCGCCUAUCUCUGAUCUUGAACCGCACCUAUACUGGAUAAGACCUUCGAAUAAUUCCAUGGAAGAAAAUAAUUUUGAAAGAAGUUCCUUUGAAGAUAUCCCCAUUGGAGAUGUGAUAGACAGUCAAAACCCAGAAGAUAAACCGGAACAACUAACAAUAUACAACGUAACCAAGGGAGACGAAGGCUGGUACGUUUGUGUGGCCGUCAACGCUCUUGGGCAUACCACGGCCACAGCAUUCCUGAGAGUUUUAGAAUCGCCGCAGUCCUUAGAAGAACCCGAACAAGCCAAGCAAGAACAGCCCACUUCGUUACUCAAUAUUAUAAUAGCUGCUUUCGGUGGAUCGCUAAUAGUGGCAGCGAUGGUCGUAGUGACAACCUGCAGGAAAUUGAAAAGAGAGAUGAAACAAAAGCGGCUAGCCCUGGAAACGGCCAGAGACGUCAUUGAAACAUAUUGGAGUAAGAAAGUAACGAUAGAGAAGCCGCAUAUUAAUAAUUCACCUACCGCUGCUGGAGCAUUGGUUUUGCCAAAAAUAAAAAUUGAAAAGCAGAAGGUCUCCGAAGUAAAGAAAAAUAUUAAUGACCCGAGGAUAUUAUCAGAAUAUGAACUACCUCUAGACAAGGACUGGGAGGUACCCCGAAAUACAGUCGUGUUAGGGAAGGUACUAGGAGAAGGAGAGUUCGGCAAGGUCGUUAAAGCAGACUGCGUGGGAGUAUUAAAGCGAGGACAGUCUACGGUAGCAGUUAAAAUGCUGAAGGACGGGCAUACUGAUGCGGAAAUGAUGGCGCUAGUCUCAGAAAUGGAGAUAAUGAAAGUAGUCGGCAAACACGUAAACAUUAUUAACUUAUUAGGAUGCUGCACACAGGGUGGGCCGCUCUACGUCAUCGUUGAAUUUGCACCAUACGGUAGUUUGAGAGAUUUUUUGCGGAAUCGACCUGAAAUUAUAACGGAAUCAACAAACGAAAGUUUGGAAGACACAGGGAAUCUUACACCAAAAGAUUUAGUGUCAUUUGCAUACCAAGCUGCCAAGGGAAUGGAAUAUUUAGCAUCUAGACAUUGCAUUCAUCGAGAUUUAGCUGCCCGUAAUGUUCUAGUUUCUGAAAAUUUUAUCCUCAAAAUUGCAGAUUUUGGGCUAGCGAAAAAUAUAGAAACUGAUUACUACUAUAGGAAGAAAACAUCUGGAAAAUUACCAGUGCGUUGGAUGGCUCCUGAGUCACUUAACAGUAUGCUGUUUACUAUACAAACUGAUGUCUGGUCCUUUGGCGUCCUCCUCUGGGAAAUAAUGAUGCUAGGCGCUACACCAUACCGAAAUGUUCAAGGACAAUAUCUACUUCAACAUCUUAAAGCUGGAAACCGUUUGGAGAAACCGCCUAGCUGCAGUCUUGACUUAUACUUGAUUAUGCGUGAAUGCUGGUCGUUUUACCCUAAAGGUCGGCCUUCUUUCACUGUAUUAGUAAAACAACUGGAAAAGAUCCUAACAGCGAUGACAAACGUAGAAUAUCUUGACCUUAGUCCUUCUGAGUCAGAAACCUCACAAGUUGCAAAAACAUUAUGGCUUUGA